CGUUACGGGGCUCUGACAAGCUGGUGGUGCCGGAAGAAAAGAUGGCGGAUCAUGAGGAGCAGCUAUCCGACGAGGAAAAGGUACGCAUAGCAGCUAAUUUUGUCAUCCAUGCCCCGCCAGGAGAGUUCAAUGAAGUCUUCAAUGAUGUGCGACUGCUGCUCAAUGAUGACAAUCUUCUCAGGGAAGGUGCAACACAUGCAUUUGCACAGUACAACUUGGACCAGUUUACCCCGGUGAAAAUCGAAGGCUAUGAAGAACAGGUCUUAAUCACAGAGCAUGGUGACCUCGGGAACGGACGGGUCCUGGACCCAAAGAACAAAAUCUCCUUCAAGUUUGACCACCUGAGGAAGGAAGCCAGCGAUCCCCGGCCUCACGAUGUGGACGGGUCUCUGGAGGGCUGGAGGAGUGCCGUGGACUUAGCUGUCAGGGCCUAUGUCAAGGAGCACUACCCCAACGGAGUCUGCACCAUAUACGGGAAAACCAUUGACGGACAUCAAACCAUUAUCGUGUGCAUCGAGUGCCAUCAGUUUCAACCAAAAAACUUCUGGAAUGGACGCUGGAGGUCAGAAUGGAAAUUCACCAUCUCCCCCUCCACCACUCAAGUGGCAGGAAUCAUGAAAAUCCAGGUUCAUUACUAUGAAGAUGGCAACGUUCAGCUGGUGAGCCACAAAGAGGUCCAGGAGUCCAUGUCCAUUUCUAAUGAGGCUUCGACUGCAAAGGAGUUUGUUAAGAUCAUGGAGGCUGCAGAGAACGACUAUCAGACGGCCAUCAAUGAGAAUUAUCAGACCAUGUCGGACACUACCUUCAAAGCCUUACGCCGCCAGCUUCCUGUGACACGCACCAAGAUUGACUGGAACAAGAUUCUGAGCUACAAGAUCGGCAAGGAAAUGCAAAACGCUUAAAAAAAGCCACGGAGAGCAUAAAACAACGGACAACUCCCGCAACCUGCCACCCGCUCCCCCACCCAACCCUGAUCCCAAACAGCGUUGCAUGACUGGAUAGUUGUAUUGUCUUUGUACAAAAAUUAGAGAAAACAGGGACAACGAAAGGUCUGGUUUCACGGCAACAUGACGGACUCGUACCAGUGUUUUUCUGCAGAUCCUCUUCUGUAUUUCUGCUGGUGACGAUCAAGGAAAAAUGACAUAGGAAAAAAACGAAAGCGUCUUGAAUGCAAAAACACCCUAAAAAUACAGUAUCAUGAGUGCAAUAUAUAUUGUGUCGGUGAGAUCACGCCUUUUAUUGGACCUACUGAAUUUGUCAAAUAAUUUUUUGGGAGAAUUCUGUCCACAUUUAUGAAAACGCGCUCAGAUAUUUUGGCUGAAAAGAUUUGGACUCGUCCCCUUCACAGUUAUCGUCCCAUACUGUUGUCAAUGACGACAACUAAAGAAAAAACGGUUCUUGGUGUUCAUCAGCUGGUAUCUUCAGCACAAACACUGUCAGCCACUAAAUGUUCUUGUUCCCUCAUUUUGGUACUUCCCCUCACCGUUUUGUCCUGUACGUGGCAUUUCAAACUCGCUGUGCUCCUGGCUAAAAUUUGCCUUUUUUUUUUUUUUUCAACUUGACGUCGUCUGGACUCUCACUCAGCGCCAAGUGUCCGACGAACACUUAAUCCGCUUAAUUAACAAGUCAUUGAUCGCUAAGUAAUGUGCAUAAUGUCCAAUUUACAAUAAAAUCAAAACUUAUCACUUCCUCUUCCAGUGCUUAUUUUUAUUAAAACAGAACCUGACUGUAUUAUAUAACAAGGCACAUUGUAAUAUAUACCUGUAUGAAACAUCCUGUCUGUCAGUUUGGUGAUUUAUUUCCAUGAGAUUAAUUGUAAUUCAGUCACAAUUAUGUUGCAUUAAAUGACAAAUUUUCUAUUUACUGA